AUCAGCGCUCAGCGCUCAGCUUUCGUCGUAAGCUGUGUCUUACAAACACCAAGACUCGGAACGGGAUGCGGACUUGGCGGCCUAUAUCAACGUCUGCUCACGUAAAGAGCUUCUGAACCCCCAGUUGGUUUGAUUUACAGACUUCUACUGGUCGUACAACGAGGCGAUGGGACUCACUUAUUCCAGUGCCAUAGUAUCUGACCCAGCUGCCUUCGCCUCUCCAGUCGACGAUGCCAGUGACAAGGAUAGGUGGCGGGAGUAUGACUACAUCAUCGUAGGCGGAGGUACUGCUGGUUGUGUGCUUGCAUCUCGCCUCUCUGAGGACCGCAAUGUCACUGUGCUGCUUAUUGAAGCAGGGAAAAGCUAUGAGGGAGACUUCCCCACACGCAUUCCUCUUGCAUACACCAAGCUAUUCAAGAGCGAGGUUGAUUGGGACUACGUGACAACGCCUCAAAAUGGCAUGAACAGCCGUAGGGUUCACUGGCCUCGCGGGAAGAUAUUAGGUGGUACUAGCACGAUCAACGCCAUGAUAUAUCAUCGCUGUGCACCGGAAGACUUUGAUGAGUGGGAGAGGCUCGGAGCGACUGGAUGGAGCUACGCGGACCUUCGACCAUAUUUCGAUAAGGCAGAGCGCUACGCUCCGAGUACAUUGUACCCACAAGUAAGGGUUGAAGAGCAUGGAUUGAAGGGUCCAUGGCAGACGAACCAUACCACAGAAUUCGCGGUGAGUAGAUUGUCUCUCUUUGAUAUACCGACUUACACCAUGCGAUCAAAGCCCAUUUUAGAUACGAUACUGAAUACUUGUGAGGAAGUGGGCAUACCGUACAAUCACGACGUCAAUUCCCCAAGAGGGACAAUAGGCGCCACUCGUCUAGUCGGUUGCAUCGACGAUGGUGGCCGACGAAGCUCCUCAGCAACAGCAUACUUGACGGCCGACGUUCUGAAGAGACCUAACUUGACUGUCGCGGUCCAUUCGACUGUGGAAAGGAUCCUCUUCGCACACAGCGCCAACGCGAAUCCGCGUGCGGUGGGCGUCGAGAUCUCAAAGAGCAAAACCUCGCCUCGGUACCGCGCAUAUGCACGCGGCGAAGUCAUCCUAUGUGCUGGGACUAUCGUAACCCCGCAACUCCUGCUUGUUUCGGGCAUUGGGUCCUCAGACGAUCUACGGAAGCUCGACAUUGAGGUCGUGCGCGAUCUGCCCGCCGUAGGGAGGAAUCUCAAGGACCACUUGACCACUGGUCCAGUAAGGUUCCGCACCAAAGCAGAUAUUACAUGGGAUCGGUAUAAUCAGCCCUUACACGGGGUCAUUGCCUUUCUGAGGUGGCUCUUCGCAGGCAGUGGACCUCUCUCUGCACUAGGGACAUCUACUGCCGCCUUCGUACGAUCGGACGAUCCGAAGCUAUCGCGCUAUUGGGAGGAGUCGACGAAAACCACGGUUCGAGACGCGACGUCAGGUCCCAGUGCGCCUGAUAUGGAACUCUUCUGGUUCCCAUUGCUGUUCGGCAUGGAAGACGGAGUGGUUGUGCCUACGUCAGGAUCCUACGGUGUCACCAUGGCUGCAUCACUGCUUCGCCCCGAGAGCACGGGCCAAAUCAUCUUAGCAUCUCGUAGCAUAUGGGACAAGCCAGUCAUUGACCCACGUUACCUUGAAUCCGAGAAUGACAUAAAUGUAGCUGUACGCGCUACGAGGCUGCUCUGUCGCAUGGCUCGGGCCGAGCCUCUGAACUCCUUGCUGGACUGGACGACAACUGAAGACACCGACUACUUCUGGCCAGGGAACACCGACCCUAGUGAGCUGUCAGACGAUGCACUGAAACAAUGGAUAAGGGAUAAUGCGAACCCAAUUUUUCAUCCUGUUGCAUCCGCACGCAUGGGAAAAGAUCCACAAACAAGUGUCGUCGAUCCUGAGCUACGGGUUCAUGGCAUCGCCGGUUUACGAGUAGUCGACGCCUCUGCAUUCCCUGCGCAAGUCUCUGGCCAUCCUUGCGCUGUCGUGGUUGCAAUGGCCGAAAAGGCAGCCGAGCUUAUCAAGGUGUCCGCGUCGCAAUAACUGUCGGAAGUGACGGUGUCAGUCCGAGACCCGCUACUAGCCAAUCCUAAUUGAAGGCUGGACCAUAGACACGGCGCAGUCACAUUAUAUGGU